ACUUCAUGUUUUGGAUGCUGCAGGCUGGGUGAGUGGAGACUGCAGGCACGGGAGCUGGCCUGGCCUCUAGGUACUGCCAUGAAUCACUUCCAAGCCAUCUUGCCCCAAGUGCGGAGUCUUCUGUCUGGCCAGCAGCACCGGCAGGUGCAGGCCCUGCUGGACAGCCUGCUGGGGGCUGAGCUCCUGUCUCGGGAGUACCACAAUGCCCUGCUCCACGAGCACGAUGGCGAGGCAUUGGCCAGGAAGAUCUCCCUGAGCCUGCUGGACAACGGGGACCUCGAUGGGGCCCAGUUGGGCCAGACUUGGAGCAAGCUGCAGGCCCUGAUGCCCAACGGGGGCCCGGGCCACCAACAUUCUAAAGGCAGUGGGCAGCCAGGCACCAUGGAGGUGGGCCUGCUGGAGGGCGGGUACCUGGAGCUUCUCAACAGUGAUGCAGACCCCUUACACCUCUACCACGCCUGCGACCAGAUGGACCUGGCUGGAGAAGAAGAGAUGGAGUUCUGCUCGGAAGCCGACCCAGAGACCAUCAACUGCGACCAGUUCACUAGGCUGCUGUGUGAUGUUGAAGAGGAUGAAGAGGCUGGGGAGGCUUACGCCAACAUUGCGGAACUGGACCAGUAUGUGUUCCAGGACUCCCAGAUGGAGGGCCUGAGCAAGGACAUUUUCAUAGAGCACAUUGGGCUCGAUGAGGGGGUCGGUGAGAGUGUGGAGGUGCCAGCUGAAGCAGGAAAGCGAAAUCAGAAAAGAUCCCUCCUGGAGGAGCACUCCCAGGACCCCAAGCGCAGGAAGCCAGCUGAGACCCCUGCUGUGCCCAUCCUGACUGGCAGUUUCCUGGUAGGACCAGUAGGCAGUGACUCUACCCUGCUCUGCCCACCACCUACUCUGUUCAGCCAGGAAAUAGUACCAGGCCAGAUGCACCUGGAGGGAGCUGCUCAGCUGUCAGUGCUCCCUUCGGGGUCCUCCACUGGCUGCCUCCGUCUUUCUGCUGGACCCUUCCAGUUCAUCUCGACUCUCCCCGUCCUGCCCCAGGAGCACUGGCAAAUUUUAGAGGCUGGCACAAACAUCUCUGGCAUAUUUAUCUACCAUGGUGACUUACCCCAGGCCAGCCAACUGUUUCCUUCUACUGGUCCUCCUGUUCACAGCCUCCCCAAAUCCCCAGACCGGCCGGGCUCUACCAGCCCCUUUGCUCCAUCCACGGCUGACCUGCCCAGCAUGCCAGAAGCAGCGCUGACUUCCCGUGCGAGGGUGACAGAGGACGACAUGGCCCCCUCCCCACGCCAGGGUGCUGCAGAGGUCCCGAAAUGGCCUGAGCCCGUGGAGCAGUUCUGCCACUGGCUUCGGGAUAAGUACCGGGCCGAGCCUGCAGGCCCGGACGGCCACCUGGUGGAGGUGGACCUGGUGCGGGCCAGGCUGGAGAAGGGCAGCAGCAAAAGCCAGGAGAGGGAGCUGGCUACCCUGGACUGGACAGAGCAGCAGCUGGCCCGUGGGGGUCUGGUCGAGGUGCUGCUGUCCACCAGUGACUGCCGACCAGCAGGAGAAACACAAGUGAUUGCCGUGCUGGGCAAGGCCGGCCUGGGGAAGAGCCACUGGGCCCGGGCGGUGAGCAGGGCCUGGGCAUGCGGCCAGCUCCCCCAGUAUGACUUCGUCUUCCAUGUCCCCCGCCACUGCCUGGACCAUCUGGGGGACACCUACCGCCUGCAGGAUCUGCUCUGCCCCGCGGGCCCGCACUCCCAGGCCCCGGAUGACAGAGUCCUCAGCCACAUUGUGAGGCGGUCCAGUCACGUCCUGCUUAUCCUGGAUGGCUUCGAGGAGCUGGAAGCCCAGGACGGCUUUGUGCAUAGCGCAUGUGGUGCUGUGCGCUCCGAGCCCUGCUCCCUCCGUGGGCUUCUGGCCGGCCUGCUCCAGGGGAAGCUGCUGCGGGGCUGCACGCUGGUCCUCACCGCCCGGCCCCGGCCCCGCCUGGCCCAGUGCCUGAGCAAGGCCCACGCCCUGUUCGAGGUGCCCGGCUUCUCUGCGGAGCAGGCUCAGACUUACCUAAGGCGCUACUUGGAGGACGCUGGGGUGCCCGAGGACCCAGAGAGGGCCCUGGCGCUCCUGAGGGAGCAGCCGUUUCUUCUCAGCCACGGGCACAGCCCUGACGUGUGCCAGGCAGUGUGCCAGCUCUCCAAGGCCCUGCUGCAGGCGGGCACAGAGGCCCAGCUGCCCUGCACGCUCACGGGACUCUACGUGGGCCUGGUGGGUCCUGCUGCCAGGGACAGCCCCCCAGGGGCCCUGGCAGGCCUGGCCAAGCUGGCCUGGGAGCUGGGCCGCCGGCACCAGCGCACCUUGCACGAAGACCAGUUCCCCUCGGCGGAGGUCAGGACGUGGGCCGUGGCCCAGGGCUUGGUGCGGGCGGCCCCAGAGGCUGCCGAGGCCCAGCUGGCCUUCACCAGCUUCCCGCUGCACUGCUUCCUGGGGGCCCUGUGGCUGGCCCAAAGCAGCGACAUCAAGGACAAGGAGCUGCCGCAGUACCUGGCGCUGACGCCCAGGAAGAAGAGACCCUAUGACAACUGGCUGGCCGGUGCCCCACGCUUCCUGGCUGGCCUCAUCUUCCAGCCCCGCGCCUGCUGCCUGGCAGCCCUGCUGGGGCCUGCGGUGGCCGCCAGAGCGGACAGGAAGCGGAAGGUGCUCACAAGGUACCUGAAGCGGCUUCAGCUGGGGACGCUGCGGGUGGCGCAGGUGCUGGAGCUGCUGCACUGCGCCCAUGAGGCGCAGGACCCCAGCAUCUGGCAGCAUGUGCUGUGGGGGCUCCCCGAAAACCUGUCCUUCCUGGGCACCCGGCUCACGCCCCCCGAUGCCCACGUGCUGGGCAAGGCCUUGGAGGCCGCCGGCCGAGACUUCUCCCUGGACCUCCGCAGCACUGGCCUUGACCUCUCCGGCCUGGGCAGCCUCGUGGGACUCUCCUGUGUCACGCGUUUCAGGGCCGCCUUGAGUGACACUGCCAGUCUGUGGGAGUCACUGCGGCAGCGUGGGGAGACCCCGCUACUCUGGGCAGCCGAGGAGAAGUUCACCAUCGAGCCCUUUAAGGCCAAGUCUCUGAAGGACUUGGAGGACCUGAGCCGCCUGGUGCAGACCCAGAGGGCGAGAAGUUGUUCUGACCACUUGGCCGGGGACCUGCCUGCAGUCCGAGACUUGAAGAAGCUGGAAUUUGCAUUGGGCCCUGUCCUGGGUGUCCAGGCCUUCCCAAAGCUGGUGAGGAUCCUUCCGGCCUUCUCUUCCCUUCAGCAUCUUGACCUGGAUUCCCUGAGCGAGAACAAGAUUGGGGACGAGGGGGUCGCACAGCUCUCAGCCACCUUCCCAUUGCUGAAAGCACUGGAGACGCUCAAUCUCUCCCAGAACAGCAUCACCGAUGUGGGAGCCUGCCAGCUUGCCGAGGCCCUGCCCUCCCUCGCUGCCACCCUCCUCAGGCUUAGCUUGUACAAUAACUGCAUUGGCGACAAAGGGGCUGAGAGCCUGGCACAAGUGCUCCCCGACAUGGGGUCCCUGCGGGUGAUGGAUGUCCAGUACAACAAGUUCACGGCCGUGGGUGCCCAGCAGCUGGCCGCCAGCCUGAGGAAGUGCCCCCACCUGGACACGCUGGCCAUGUGGACACCUACCAUCCCCUUUGGCGUCCAGGAACAUUUGCAGCAGCUGGACUCACGGAUCAGCCUGAGAUGACCUGGCUGUGCCCCAGACAAGGACACUGACCUUGAACUGAGGACUCGCAGGCACAGCUGGCUGUUCUCUGGGUGCUGUCCCGUGAACCCCUGGCUCAGCACUGGGCCUGCCCAGCUGCAGAAGGGACCCACAUGUGGCUCUGCUGGCAGACCUAGACCUGGUUCCAGGCUCCUUCAAGCCCAGGCAGAUGCCAGCUCCGCUCUGCUCAUGUAAGCUCUGGCAGAAGAUGGUACCUGAUGGCCACUGUGGU